GACAACUGUCACUUUGACAGUUCAAUGUUGUGACUUGGCUGUCAUUCACACAAAUAAUUUAUAUUUACCAAAAAUAUAAAUAAAUUCUACUAAAAAUAGCCAAAAUACGAAUAAAUAACGUUAUAAAAAUAAUCUACAAUGAGUGCUCUCUUCAAUUUUCAAAGUUUAUUGAGCGUUAUUAUGCUUUUAAUAUGCACUUGUGCAUAUUUGCGGUCUUUAUUUCCGAGUAUUAUGGACAGAAAUAAAGUUGGGGCGAUGGGCAUCUUCUGGAAAUGUGCAAGAAUAGGCGAACGCAAAUCGCCUUAUGUGGCAGUAGUGUGUACGAUAAUGGCAUUUCAGAUACUAUUUUGGUCAUAG